CAAAAAGUACAAAUGGGGUGAUCGAGACGUUGAAGUCGAAGAUUACAUCAAUAGAAAAUACAAGAAGGUUCUGUGGAUUGGCGCUCUUUAUCCGAGAGUGGACGGGUUUUACUUUUAUUUAACCAUUUUCCAUGCAAUCUUUUUGACAGUUGGUGAAUGGUUUUUGAUAUCUAGCAUGGCAAUUUCGAUCUUUUAUUGCACGGACAACAUGGUUUUCGCAAUGAGGUUCGUUAGAUUGGGGUCUUUGUGCAUCGCCAUUAACUUGUGCAUGUGGGGCAUGUUGAUGGAACGAGGCAGAGUGACGGAAGUGAUGAGAUUGCUCAUUGACAAAUAUUACAAUUAUGAAGAAGACACUGUUCCAAAAGGAUUAGAGGCUAUUAAAAAAGAAAGAAGAAGCCGGAUGAAGUACACGCUGAUGGUCCCUGUUUACGGUUUGUACACAGGCAUUCACAUUUUCGUCCUUCCUCUGUUUUCCUUUCAAGAUUUAAAACUGCCCGAGGAUAUUUUCGAUACGAAAUCUAUAUUUCCAACGUGGAGUCUGGACCCGAACAGCAUUUGGGCCCGCUUGAUGUUUCUACUGUUCUUCGUCUCAUUCAUAGCUCAUCUCCUUUUCGAAGCGACCGGAGGGUUCUUUCUAUUAGUCCAACUUUUUGAAUCACUCAUCGGACAGUUACAAGUUCUUAUUCUAUCUCUAGGAAGACUAGAAGAAAGGGCUGAAGCGCAUUUUAACAAAACGAGAAAGAAAGAUAACACUUGGUCGAGGGAGGAUUCUUUCAGCCAUUGUCUUAAACAAAAUAUUCAACAUCAUCUGUUGUUAUACGAGUUCAGGGAAUCAUUGGAGAAGCUUAUUUCAAAUACAUUGAUAUCACUCUUAUUCAAUGCAACAGCAAUUUUGGCUGCUAACGCCUUUCUUUUAGCGAAUCAAGAGGACCAUCUCACGAGAAUAUUGUCGGUAGUUGGGCUUAUUACUGAAGGGUACUUCAUAUUUGCCUACAACCGGUACGGUCAACUCAUCAUCGACGAGAGCGAAAGAUUACAAUUCGCCGUUUACAAUUUGAAUUGGUUCAACUUAAACCCAACGCAGAAGAAGAUGGUAAGCAUAAUGCAAGUUAUGACACAAAGAAAACCGAUGCGGUUGGCCCUGGCUGGAGGUCUGAUGGGCUUGGAACUCGUGAACUUUCUUCAGAGUUGCAGGUACAGAUCAUCCUUGGAAAACUACAUAUCGCUCCCUUUGCUAGCACUUUUUACAACGUCGGUAACAAUUGUGGCAGCUAAUAUCUUUCUUAUAGUGACACAAGACGAUAAACUAAUAUUAUUUCUGUCGUUAUCCACUUUCGUCUCCGAUGCUUACUUUUUGAUCUCUUACAACUUGUACGGACAAAUCGUCGUUGACGAGAGUGAGAAAAUACAAUUUACAAUUUAUAAUCUCAACUGGUUCAACUACACCAAAGGACAGAAAAAGAUGAUAAGCAUAAUGCAAGUAAUGACCAGAAAACCUAUGCACGUUUCUCUCGGAGGACUGAUGAACAUGGAUCUGGUGAACUUUCUAUCUAUUACCAAGGGAAUCUAUUCAUUCAUAAACUUUCUAAUAACUAUGAAUUAACAUAAUCAGACUAAAAGAAGGAACAACAUACACAAUAUUAAUCACAGGAUUUUUAUCAGCACUGUAAA